UUUCGACUCACGGUCGGUAUGGAUUUAUUCUAGAAAGGUGUGAUUAUCCAGCUCUUUUUCGUUGAGCGUGUGCCUCUGCGUUGCUUUUUCCGAAAGUAGUCGUCACUCCUUCAAAUCUUUUAUCAUAGCCAUGGACAGGGAGUGGAGACCAGAUGUGAACACCGCCCCAUGGGGCCCUUUCGUGGGGAAGGGCUUCAAGAACGAGUCGAUCACCCAUACAGACGUUGCCAUAACAUGUGUGGUAUGGUUGGCGACGCUCGCCAAUCUGAUCAUAGCCGGAUGGCUCGGGUACAAACAGUGCCAGAGCUCCCGAUCGCCUCUGCGGAGCGUGUACAUAUGGAUGAUAUGGCUAGAGAUGGCUGCUUCGUUCAUCAUGGGCCUGAUGUGUUUCUUGUACGUUAUGAAGUGUCUUAGACCAAGUUUCUAUUUUUUCUGCACCAUUUUAACUUGCUGGUGUAUCCAAGUGCAGCUACUCCUUCAGAUCAUCAUCAACAGAAUUCGACUAAUCGUACCGGAUCGACGUCGCUCGAAGAUGAUUAUGAUUGCCACCGCAGCAGUAGUCACGGGGAUAAACAUCAGCGUGUUCAACAUUUGGAUUCCAGCCCGCAUGCAAAUCAAUCAUACGUAUAUUUUCGUGAACGAAAUCUGGGAUCGCAUCGAAAAGGUCUUAUAUCUCGGCAUCGACGCAGCGCUCAAUUGGUAUUUCCUCCGGGUAGUGAAGGCCAACCUUAUCAACAACGGUCUACAAAAAUACAACAAGCUCCUGCGCUUCAACCAGAGGAUCAUCAUGCUCUCUCUCCUCAUGGACGUCAUGAUCAUCGCCGCCAUGUCGAUACCAAACUCCUUCAUCUACAUCCAAUUCCACCCGCUCGCAUAUCUCGUCAAGCUCAACAUCGAAAUGACCAUGGCCAACCUCAUCAAGCGCAUCGCCGUGUCCUCGUCCCGCAAAGCCGGCCGCGACAACCGCGCCCGCAUCGCCUCCGAAUUCGACUCGGGCAACCUCUCCACCUCGGGCCAUAAGUCCAGCGCCACCCGCGCCGGCACGCACGCACGUCGCUCCUCGCUCAUGGAGCUCUCCAACUUCGGCAUCAAGUCCGCCUCCGAGCGCGAGGACCGCACCGUCAGCUUCAUGCCCACAGGCGACCAGAUCAAGGUCACCAAGGACAUACACAUCCAGAGUGACCCGAUUGAUGGGAGCGAAGAGAAUGUUGGGGAAAUUGUGCAUGCAAAGGGCCUGCAACCGGGAGAGACGAGCGUGGUGCACAGUAAGAGUGUGGAUGACCUGACAGAGGGCGGGAGCGUAAAGAGCGAUUAUAUGCGAAAGGAGGGUGAUAGCGAUGAUGAGACGAGUCUGGUGAUUCAUCAGACCAAGGGGACGUGGACGAGGCUGGGGUAGGGAGCGACUGGGAGCGACUGGGCUGGGCCAGGUGAGCGGGGAGCGGAAGUUAAUGUGAUAGAUGUAGAUCGUUGAUACCCUUUAUAUCUCU